CACGGCUAUCACUCCCGCCGGCGCCAGGACCAACCGCCACCGCCGCCAGGACCAACCGCCGCCGCCGCCAGAGCGUCGGCGCACGCGCUGCUGGCUGCCGCUACCCCGAAACGCAUACCACUACACGACCCGUUUCGUCUCCGGAAUCCGCCGUCGAGCGACCGCUGCCCACCAGGACCACCACACCACAAUUCCCCGCCGCGUGCAAGCCCAGCUCGGCAACUCGCCUCGCCUCCCGGCACCGGCCCCGCGCUCGGGCCCGUGCUCGCGGCGGUCUCGAUCAGAAGCCAGAAGGGCGUCCUGGCCACGGCGUUCCCCGACGUGUGGGGAUUGGGCGUGGCUCGUAAGGCACGCUUCCCGCGGUACAAGUGCGACCCGAAGGCGCUGGCAGAGAGGAGCCCUGCAGCGGCAAGCUCAACGAGUUCAGGGAUGGCCUCUGGUGGAGCCUUCCGCAACCUUCGCCUGGCGGUCCUCUGCCUCGCGCUCACCUCGUCGGUCGGUGGCGAGGCGUCGAGAAGAUUCUGGAUCGAGAAUGAUACCUUCAUGAAGGAUGGGGCGCCGUUCCAGAUCGUCGGCGGCGACGUCCACUACUUCCGCAUUGUUCCUGAGGUGAGAUUUUUCCUCUUUUUUUUAGCAGGUGUUCCUGCGUUUUUUUUUUUUGGAACAGCAGGUGUUCCUGCGUUGCUCCUGAGAAGUAGCUGCGUGACAGUCUCUGAGACUGGUGUUGAACCAAUUUGUAACUGCUGGAUCCUUCUCCAAGAGUUUCAUCAGUUGCCUCAAUACUGGAAGGAUCGCCUUUUAAGAGCAAAGGCACUAGGCUUGAACACAAUUCAAACAUAUGUACCUUGGAAUCUGCAUGAGCCAGAACCACAGAGUUGGGAAUUCAAUGGGUUUGCAGAUCUUGAAUCAUAUCUGAGACUUGCUCAAGAAUUAGGAAUGCUGGUCAUGCUUCGUGUAGGUCCAUACAUUUGUGGAGAAUGGGACUUAGGAGGUUUUCCACCUUGGUUGCUCGCCAUAGAACCUGCUCUUAAACUGCGAUCAUCUGAUUCGACAUAUCUCUCCUUGGUGGGGAGAUGGUGGGGAGUACUAUUUCCAAAAGUAGCACCAUUAUUGUACAGCAAUGGAGGUCCAGUUAUUAUGGUUCAGAUUGAAAAUGAAUUUGGUUCAUUUGGAGAUGACAAGAAUUACCUUCAUUACCUUGUUCAACUGGCUAGAAGAUAUCUUGGAGAUGACAUUGUUCUUUAUACAACUGAUGGGGGCGCCAUGGGCAAUUUAAAGAAUGGAUCAAUUUCUCAAGAUGAUGUUUUUGCUGCUGUUGAUUUUGAAACCGGAUCCAAUCCAUGGCCCAUAUUCAGAUUACAGAAGAAAUACAACUUACCAGGAAAAUCAGCCCCUCUAAGUUCGGAAUUUUAUACUGGGUGGCUAACACACUGGGGUGAAAGUAUGGCAACAACAGAUGCCACUAGUACGGCGAAAUCCCUUAAAACAAUUUUGUGCCGCAAUGGUUCUGCUGUACUUUAUAUGGCUCAUGGUGGGACCAAUUUUGGAUUUUAUAGUGGUGCAAAUACUGGCCAAGAUGAAUCUGAUUACAAGCCAGACCUCACUUCUUAUGACUAUGAUGCACCAAUUAAGGAGCAUGGAGAUGUGCAUAAUUCAAAAUACAAAGCGCUGAGAAGAGUAAUACAUGAAUGUAUCGGGUCUCCUCUUCAUCCACUUCCUUCUGACAUUGAAAAAGCAAAUUACGGGCUUGUGAAAUUACAGAAGGUUACUUCUUUGUUUGACAUCAUUGCUAACAUCAGUGAUCCUUUGAGAUGUGCUGUUUCAGAGCAUCCACUGUAUAUGGAACAAAUAGGCCAGAUGUUUGGGUUUCUAUUGUACAUGUCAGAAUACCAAGGGAAACUCCCAUCAAGCAUUCUAUCAAUCCCAAAGGUACAUGACAGAGCUCAGGUGUUCCUGUCUUGCUCAACUGACAGUGUCAGAAACCCAAGAUAUGUUGGUGUAAUUGAAAGAUGGUCUAGUAAAACACUAGAAAUACCAAAUUUAGGAUGUUCAGCUAAUACAAGCCUAUAUAUCCUGGUAGAAAAUAUGGGUCGUAUAAAUUAUGGGGCAUAUAUUUUUGACCGAAAAGGAAUACUAUCUCCUAUUCAAAUAGAUGGUGUCACUCUCCAUCACUGGAAAAUGUAUCCACUUACAUUCAAUUCACUGGACAACCUUCCAAAACUCCAACUAAUCACUCAAAUGCCUGAUGUUAGAGCUAGUAAAGUGUCCGUUAUUCAUGGUCACUCAGAAAAGAAAUUCCAGGAAUCGUCGUUCUAUUUGAAUGAACCUGAAUUUUAUGAAGGCCAUUUCCAUAUUGACUCUGAGAGUGAGAUGAAGGAUACAUUUAUAUCAUUUCGUGGUUGGAACAAGGGUGUUGUUUUUGUGAACAACUUCAACAUUGGAAGAUUUUGGCCGGCACGUGGACCACAGUGUGCCCUUUAUGUUCCCGGGCCAAUCCUCAGACCUGGAGACAACGUCAUUGUAAUCUUUGAACUGCACGGUCCAAAUCCUGAGCUCACCGUCAACUUAGUAACAGAUCCAGAUUUCACAUGCGGUCCAAAACAGUGAGAAUGGUUUGCACGUGUGUGCAGAGCACGGUGCAGCGGAUUUGGUCCCCUUCCUCUCGCUUCUCAUCUCGACGUUGGUGCUAGUGUGCUGCCAUCCAAAAGAUGCAAGGUUCCCCUUCGCUUUGCGCCACACGUAGCAUCUUCACGCCAUGAUUAGCGGAGCAGGGUUCAUUCUCUAGAUCCGUCGUCGUAUAUGCUGAUCCGCGGUAUGUCCAUUGCGUGCUCUACUGAACAUUGUAUUCUCAGAUCUGGGAGUCACCAUUUUAGCAGAGAUGAAUCUACAUGAUCACCAUUUCAGCA